CCUACACUUUAAUUACUAAUUAUUGCGUCAUAUCACAUAUUUUGAUAACUAUAAAAACUGUUAACUUUAGUUAUUAGUGAUUAUAUCUCUUAGUUUUAAAAAUGUUUACAAGUGUAAAUGAAUCUUUUGUAUCUUCUUGUCGAAGUUCUUUAGCCUCUAUUUUAAGCAUCUUCUCAUCAACUGCAAAUUCUCAUAAAGGUUCAGUAACUUCCUUACCUGAUUUAACUGCAGAUGAGUUGGCGUUUCAGGAAUGUAUUGAAGUUAUUGAUGCUAAUGUGGAAGAAAUCGAUGGAAAUUAUAAAACUAUUGAUGAAAAUAGACUUCCUCUGAUUCUUAUUGAAGAUGUAAGUUAUGAAGAGUUCGAAAAAAAAUGUGAGAUCACAAAAGCAUCAAGGUACUGGGAGUUUCAAGACGGAAUGGUAGUCAUAAUCGAGUUGCCAAAUCGUGAUCAUGAAAUGGCACAUUAUGAGUUCACUAGGCAAUUUAUACAUCAAGAUCCUCAGGAUACAGUUGAUAUUACUGGAGCAUCAACUUGUCAUACUACUCCAGGACAUAUAACAAGGAGUUCUAGCAAACAGCCGGAUUGUUCAUUUACACCAAGAAUUAUGCCCAAACCAGCCCCAAACCCUUGUGAUCUUCAGAUUGAAUUCGGAACCAUUGAUAGGAGAAAUCAACUGUAUAAUGGAUGUACUGCCCCAGGAAUGUGUAUUAUGAAUAUUUUUCCAGGUUGUAUUUUCCGUGGCUGUCCUCAAGUCCCACCAUACCCAAUCAAUAAUAUGGUUAUUGAUUUCUUUCCUAUCCAACAAGCAAUAUUUCGUGCUAUGUAGAUUAUUUUACAAAAAAAAUAUAGACAUUUUUAUAUAUAAAAAAAAUAGACAUAAAAAUUUGGGCUAAUGCACUUUAUAUAUAAUAUGUACAAAAUAAAAAAAAAUGGCGGAAUAAAAAUACUUUAUUAAUUCUAAUAAAAUUUGCAUAUCUCAACCUGUAUAAGCAUCCGAUUACUUUUGCCAAGAAAAUUUUUUAUUAAUAUAUGCAAAAAUAAAUACAAAGGU